GUAACAGAGAGUGGGGCAGCAAUUACUCGUUUGUUUGUAAAUCUGCAUAAUUUUAACUUCAGAAGAUAGGUAUUUUCUAAGAUUCUCUCUUUGCUGGAUUUAAGCAAUUAGCUGUUCUGCUUUGUAUUCCUUUCCUGUGAUUCAAGUUUCCUUUUGCCAGCUGCCUUUAUUCUUUUCUUCUCUAAAUACAUGUCCUCCUCUUGAAUAGGAUAAGUUUGAGAUAUCUAAGGUGAUUUUUAGUCCCUAAAAAGAACUAGAAUCCUGAAGGUUGUCCAUUGUUAACAUGGCUUUGUAGAAAUGAAGAUCCUGUGGUAGUAAAAUGGCUUUUGUCCCCGAAGAAGAGAAAACUGAAGAUUACCUGUUCAAGAUUGUAUUGAUUGGUGAUUCAGCUGUUGGGAAAUCCAAUUUGCUUGCAAGAUUUGCUAGGGAUGAGUUCUACCCCAAUUCAAAGUCAACCAUAGGAGUAGAGUUCCAAACACAAAAGAUGGAUAUAAAUGGAAAGGAAAUCAAGGCACAGAUCUGGGACACAGCAGGUCAGGAGCGUUUUAGGGCGGUUACAUCUGCAUACUAUCGCGGUGCAGUUGGUGCUCUGCUGGUCUAUGACAUCAGUAGGCAUCAGACUUUUGAUAGCAUUGGGAGAUGGCUUAAUGAACUUCACACUCACUCUGACAUGAAUGUAGUUACCAUACUAGUUGGCAACAAGACAGAUCUCAAGGAUGCCAGGGAAGUAACCACUGCCGAAGGCAAGGCCUUGGCAGAAGCACAGGGUUUGUUUUUCAUGGAAACUUCAGCCCUGGAUUCCUCCAAUGUAGCAGCGGCCUUUCAGACAGUUGUUAAGGAGAUCUACAACAUAUUAAGCCGGAAAGUAAUGAUAUCUCAGGAGCUCAAGCAUAAAGAUAGUGCUGCCUUGGCAGAAGGGAAAACUGUGGUUUUACGCGGAGAGGGAGAUGGGCAACAAGAACAAUCUAAAAAAGGUGGUUGUUGUUCAUCGUAAGACUAGAAAAAUACUCCACUGCCAUAUUUCUUCUUCUCCAUAUGUUCAUUUCUUGAUACAGUUGAGAUGUUUAUUUAAAUAGAGCAUUUGUUUCACU